GCAGCAGCAUUUCGUUUUCUUGCGAGCGCGAGCCACUGAAGCUGCGCGUUCUUGUGUGUUUCUUGUCCGUGGUUGCCGUUCGGUAGUCCGGCCCAGUCUCUGGCCAGCCUCGGCCGCUCGGAAACCUUAAAGAAAUGUGUCUCCCGUGUACUGAAAAGGCGACAGUCACCAACUUUAACAAACCAGAUAAACCAUCAUGAUUCCCAUCACAGAGCUCCGGUACUUUGCUGACACCCAGCCAGCGUACCGUAUCCUGAAGCCAUGGUGGGACGUUUUCACCGACUACAUCUCAAUCGUCAUGCUGAUGAUUGCAGUGUUUGGUGGUACAUUGCAGGUCACACAAGACAAGAUGAUCUGCCUGCCCUGCAAGUGGGUGAUCAAUAAGUCAUGUGAGACCAUGCCCAUCCCAAACAUGACCAUCCCUUAUGCACCAGAGCCCAAAGGUAUCCAGUAUGAUCUCGAUCGUCACCAGUAUAAUUAUGUCGAUGCUGUCUGCUACGAGAACGAGCUACACUGGUUUGCCAAAUAUUUCCCCUACCUAGUGCUACUCCACACCCUUAUCUUCCUGGCUUGCAGCAAUUUCUGGUUCAAGUUCCCCCGCACAAGCUCUAAACUGGAGCACUUUGUCUCCAUCCUCCUCAAGUGCUUUGAUUCCCCAUGGACAACAAGGGCUUUGUCUGAGACUGUGGUGGAGGAGAGAGAUCCCAAGCCUCCCGGAAAAAUGAAUGGUUCCAUGGACAUAAAAUCCUCCUUAGUGAAUGAGGAUGUUGAGGCUAGCAUCCCCAUGCUUCAACGAACAAAGUCCAGAAUUGAACAGGGAAUUGUAGAUCGCUCUGAAACAGGGGUUUUAGAUAAAAAGGAAGGGGAGCAGGCCAAGGCUCUUUUUGAGAAGGUGAAGAAAUUCAGGAUCCACGUGGAGGAAGGGGACAUAGUCUACCGUAUUUACAUACGUCAGACCAUCAUCAAAGCAAUCAAGUUUAUACUGAUAAUUAUCUACACUGCCUACUAUGUGCGCUACAUCAGGUUCAGUGUGGUGUGCACGGUGAACAUUCAGAAGCUAACAGGGUACAGUAUCUUUUAUUGUGCUCACCCGUUAGCAACGCUUUUCAAGAUUUUGGCCUGUUUCUACAUCAUAUUGGUGGUGGUUUACGGGCUUAUCUGCAUGUAUACUCUGUGUUGGAUGCUCAGGCGCUCCCUCAAACGAUACUCUUUUGAAUCGAUCCGAGAGGAGAGCAGCUAUAGUGACAUCCCUGAUUUGAAGAACGACUUUGCCUUCAUGUUACACAUGAUAGAUCAGUAUGACCCUCUCUACUCUAAACGCUUUGCUGUUUUUCUAUCAGAGGUGAGUGAGAACAAGCUGAGGCAGCUGAACCUGAAUAAUGAGUGGACGUUGGAGAAGUUGAGGCAGCGCAUCACCAAGAACUCCCAGGAUAAGCUGGAACUGCAUCUCUUCAUGCUCAGUGGGAUCCCAGACACAGUGUUUGAUCUGAUAGAGCUAGAAGUGCUCAAGCUAGAGCUUAUCCCCGAUGUAACUAUUCCCCCAAUCAUUGCUCAGCUUUCCAGCCUGAGGGAGAUGUGGCUCUAUCAUACACCAGCUAAAAUUGAGGCUCCAGCUCUGGCUUUCCUGAGAGAAAACCUGAAGUCCCUCCACAUCAAGUUCACUGACAUCAAGGAGAUCCCUCUGUGGAUCUACAGCCUGAAGAAUCUCAGAGAGCUGCAUCUAACAGGAAACCUGAGUGCAGAGAACAAUCGUUACAUUGUCAUAGAUGGUCUCAGAGAGCUCAAGAGUCUUAAAGUGCUGCGUCUGAAAAGCAACCUGACCAAGCUGCCACAGGUGGUGACGGACGUUGGUGUGCACCUCCAGAAGCUCUCAAUAAAUAACGAGGGUACCAAGCUGAUGGUGCUCAACAGCCUGAAGAAAAUGGUCAACCUGACAGAGCUCGAGCUUGUUCGUUGUGAUCUUGAGCGCAUUCCACACUCGAUCUUUAGUUUGCACAACCUGCAGGAGAUCGACCUGAAGGACAACAAUCUGAAGACGGUAGAGGAAAUCAUCAGCUUCCAACACCUGCAUCGGCUCGUGUGCCUGAAGCUGUGGUACAACCAGAUUGCCUACAUCCCCAUUCAGAUCGGAACACUUACCAACCUGGAGAGGCUGUAUCUGAACAGGAACAAGAUAGAGCAAAUCCCCAGCCAGCUGUUCUUCUGUCGCAAGCUGCGCUUCUUAGACCUGAGUCACAACAACCUGACCAGCAUCCAUGCUGAUGUGGGUUUCCUUCAGAACCUGCAGUACUUCGCUGUGACAGCAAACAGGAUUGAGACGUUGCCCCCUGAACUGUUCCAGUGCAAGAAGCUCCGCACUCUGAAUCUGGGAAACAACUGCCUGCAGUCGCUGCCAUCACGCUUCGGAGAACUUACUGGGUUGACCCAGCUGGAGCUGAGAGGGAACCGUCUAGAGUGUCUCCCCGUAGAGCUCGGCGAGUGUCGGCUGUUGAAGAGAAGUGGUCUGGUGGUGGAGGAGGACCUGUUCAACACACUGCCAUCAGAAGUCAAAGAACAGCUGUGGAGAGCUGAUAAAGAGCAAGCCUGAGGCAGGGCUCAGUGGAGAUCUGCAGAGGAAAGAAGUUUGAUUUGAGAAAUAAACAAGCGGAGUGAUUUUGUUUAUAAAGCAAUGCAAACCCUCAGAGGUUUGCAUUGUUGGUUGAUGGGGCUUCCGUGACAGGAUCCAUAAAAGAACUGAUGUCAGAAUUCAAAUCUCCAAGAAUGUCUUUCUGGAAAUGAGCAGAAUCAUGGCUGUCAAGGAAAACCUCAUAACCACACUUCAAUUAUGUGACUUUCCUUUAUGUUCAUUCUAAAUAACAAGCUGCAAGGAUGCUAGCAGUUGAUGUUCAGUAUGCAUGCCUCUUUUAAGCAAACCAGUUCAUUAGAGUAAGCUAAAACACAGUUCAGCUUUGAGCUAAAUGUGCUUACUAUUGCUACUUUGAUGGCCACGGGAUACAUGCACAACUCAAACAUGCUCACGGACCUUCUUCUGGCUUUAAGACUCAAAUUUUACCUCUCAACUUUUUUACUGUUAAAUUAGCAUAUUGUGUGACGCAGAAUCGCCCCACGUUAGUAGAAAAACAAUUCUAGUGCAACUGAUGGGCAGUGCGUUGAGGCAUGAAGGUUUAUCCCUGUUGUCUUAGUAAGUGAGCAAAAUGACUCUGUGCUGAAGAUCAAAACAAUCAUCCCACUGGUGAGCUCACAGCUUAGGCCUUAAAUAAGAUGACUGAUGAAAUGACAAGCUGCCGGGAACAAACUCUGCAGUACAGAGUCUAAAUAGCCUGCAGUCAAUAAUUUAUACGGUCAGCCUGUGUGGCAGGUUUUUUGUCAUCUGUGAGGGAGCUGUGAAGCAUUCUUCUUUAUUUGUCUUCACUUAGCAUCAUAUCUUAUUUAGGUGUAUGAAAAUGGAUUUAUCUUAUUUUUGCAUGACUAAAAAUCCUGCACAUUUCUGUGUCUUAAGGUGUGUGAGCUUCGUGCCAGUAUGUCUGAGCUUGUUGAAACAAGGUAAAGAAUUUAUUCUGACUUCAAGAUGCAUAAGUUUGUGACCCAACAGUACCACUCGCUGGUAUUGUGGUUGGGCCUGUGAAUCAUACUGCACUGGAUUGAUUCAAACUUAAGUGAGUGACUGAUUCUACCCAGCUAUUGAUUUGUUGUUUUGUUUAAGAAUAGAUAGUAUUUUAAGCUUAUUGCCUGCAGUCCGAUCUUAAGUGACCUUUGUUCAGUUGAGGUCUACAAAGUUGCGCGACUCACUAGAUUGUAAUUACACAGUUUGUAACCUUGCUGACAUGAUGUUUGUUGUUGCUACGGAGACCCAAGCAUUUAGAAAAUUCACUGUCACAGUCGACUUUUUUAAUCAAACGCAUGCAGGCGUGCACAGAUGCAACAGACAGAUAAUAUAGACCAAUAAAAUGAUUGAGAAUCAAGGUACUUUUAAUUCUUGGUAUGAGUUUGAGUUAUGGGACCUUUGAUGGUUAUUACAGAAGGCAGUCGUCACAAGGUACCGUCGGUGAAGUGUUGCUGUUGGUGCCUCUCGUGCCCAGCUGUGUUUGCCCUUCUAUUUGUCAUGGUGAGUUUAUUCCAGGGAAAAAUGGACAUUUGUCAGCGCUUUGUUUAUCCAUUCAUGAGCAAAAUCAGGACAAACAGGAAAUUACAGAGGGGAAGGAAACCUACACAAGGGAAACAUUCACUGUGAUUUCCACAUCCAUGGUCUAAGUUUGUGCAACAUGCUUUGUCUGCUUGAAACACUUUUCUUGUUAAGAUCUCGGAUUUAAUUUGGAGUAACUCUGCUAUGGUUGCUCAAACCAGGCGUCCUUUACAACCUUGUGCCCUGUUAAUAAUCACAGUUUUUGUUUUCAUGUUGCAAAAUACAUAGUUCAUGUUUAGUGUCUUUAUUUCAUGUAUGUGUUGUUGUUACCAGCUGUUUCUUUUUGCUGCGCAUUUUUUAAGAGAUUAACAGUGAGUUUUUGUUUCACUGAUGCCUUGGCUAAAUCCAAAUGCCCUUUGAGGAGUCACUUGUAAAGUGCUAUCACAUAGUCUUAAGUGCAGUCCUGUUGUGUUGAAUGGGUUGACUAGCAACUAGUAUUAAAGUUUGGAAGAAAAGGUCAUAGACAAUGGACGGCAGUACAGGGAGGGAGAGAGGCAGUAAUUCCAAAGACAUCUCAACUUUUGUUUUAAGUUGCACGUCCCCUUUGAUAUGCUCGUUCUUUUGUGGUGCCAAGUAAGAGCAAAAACUUGUUUUUCAUUAUAUUCCACAGAUGGUGACAUUGACCUGUUCAAUGCCAGAAAACAAAUGCAAAUAGUCAAGUCACUUAGUAAUAUAUUAACCUGCAAAAAUACAGAUGGGCGACAAGUUAAAGGAAAAACCUGAAUGAACCAAUGUACUGCAGAUAUUUGGACCUUCAGAAAAUACUAUUCCCCAUCUGGGGGUAGAACUCCACCCUGGAACUAAGUUUAGACUCUGGUUCCCCCCCUGUGGAAAUGCAGGUAGAAGAGCCAAGUUCCCCAGAAGGUUCCCGUUUCUCCGGGAAAGUUCCCUUGGGAGAAUCAGGGCUUUAAAGGGAAGGCUGAGUGAUCACCUUUAUCCUACAAUGAAACAUUUCUAUCCUGAUGGCUUUGUCUAGUGCUUUUCUAUGCACAGGAGCUCCUUACACUAAUUGUGCACACCCACAAUGGUGUUAUCACUGGGAGCAAUUUGGGUUCAAUGUCUUGCCUAAGACAUGGACAGGAGAAGCCAGGGACUGACCACCAACCCUUUACCUCCAAAGCUGCAGACAGAGAUGGGAGUGGUUUCUCUUUGGAUGGCAGUGCCUUCACCCGCAGGGCAUGAGGCAUCGUGCAUGGAAAAUGAUGCAACUCAAAUGCUAUGGUCUUUGCAGUGAUCUGAUCCAGAUCUCAGCCUAAUUCAACACCUUUGUUAGAUUUUGGACAUGUUAUACAGCAGUCUGCACCACCAUCAUCAAAACACCAAAUGGGGGAAUAUCUUUUGAAAGAAUGGUGUUCAUCCCUGUAGCAGAACUCAGAGACUUGGGGAGUCAGUGCCAAGGUGAAGCUGUUCUGGUGGCACAUGGUGGCCCAGCACCUUACUGAGACACUUUGUUGGUUUGUCCUUUAAUUUGUCACCCGUCUGUAUAUACCUUACAGUGCAGUAGCUGACCACAGAUAAUAGGGACAAGUUGUAGGGCAACUUUUGUCACUCCCAGGUGAAUUUGAUAUAGGAGUAUGGCUCAUUGUAGUGGUGCAGUGCUGCUGACACAAAGUCUCUCUCCUGCAUUGCACCACUGAGUGUCAAAUUAGGAUGUUCAAUGCACAGCAGUUACAGUUGUAAAGCAAGUUUGACCUUAACUUGGUCAUGCCAUUAGAGGUUGGAUAAUCACAGCAACCACUUUGUUUUUAAAGACUAAUUUAUUCUUAGGAGACCAUGUGUAGUCAGUGUUAGUCUUGUAAGUUUGGGAGUGCCAUAGAAAUCUUUCUCAGGGCAUCACAGGCAAUCGCUUGUUCACACCUUCUCAGAAUAGUUGGAUUUGUUAAAAUUGCCGUGCAGACCUUUCUCCAUUUCUGCUCUGCCGUGUUCAGUCUAUGUCAGCAUGAUGACGCAUCUGUUGCCACCAAACUGUC